AUGGAGCUCGAUUCAUCUGAUCGUCACAAUGAUACACAUUCAUUAGAAGCGACUGAACAACGGCCACAACAACAACAACAAAAGAAAAAGAAAUGUCGUGGUAAUCGAAAAAUACAGCGUUAUCGAAAACAACUGUAUGCACAAGGCUUAGAUUCAGAAACAGUCAAUAAAUUGGUUGAAGAAAAACUUCACAAUUCACAACAACCACAACAACAACAGAAUCACGAAGCAAUAUCAUCGAAGACAGAUACUACACAAAAUCUGAAAUCAUAUAUACCAUUGAAUCGACUUACAUUGCCCAACUUAAGUAGUGGCAGUAGUAUCGAUAGUAUAGAAAUGACACCACAACGAAAAAGAUUUUUGUUAACACCAACACCCACUAUCGAAACAAGAACAAUACUGGAUAAACCAUUAAGUCAUUUAUCAGUAUCACCAACAAAUAUGAAGAAAAAGAAAAAAACAACUACAACAUUGUCCAACUCAAGUAGCAGCAGCAGUAGUAUCGAUAGUAUAGAAAUGACACCAAAACGAAAACGAUUUUUGUUAACACCAACACCUACUGUAGAAACAAGAACAAUACUGGAUAAACCACUAAAUCAAUUAUCAAUAUCACCAAAAAAGAAGAAGAAGAAAAAGAAAAAAACAACUACAAGAAAUGUUCGAUUAAAUAAUAACAACGAUGAUUUAUCAAUGAACUCUUCCGAAAACUAUAAACCAUCCUAUUUAAAAGUGUCUGAUCGGAUAUUUAAGCAAUUAUUAUCGAAUGCAAUUGACAAUGGUCGUGAAAUAGUUUCAUGCUUGGAUACAAAUGAAAAACUUCAUUUUGUUCGUCAACUAACUGAACUUACGAAUAAUCUUCAUUUCAAAGAAUUACAACGACAAUUAUGGCUAGAAUAUUAUAAUAUUAGUAUCAAAGAUGAUAAUUGGACCUCAACAAUUACUAAUGGAUAUGCACAUCAACAUAAUACAUGUCGAAUGUAUAAACCAAAAAAAUCACUGAUUGAACUGCGUCGAACAAAAAUUGCCUGUCAAACACAAGAAAUAGAAAAUGAAUUACAGGCUUAUUCAUUAAAAUUACAAGAAUAUAGUAAGCAAUGGCAACCAUCUAUUGAUAUUGCUGUUCUAUCAAAUGCCAUCAAUGAAUGUGUUACAAGUGGUCAACGACGAUUAAAAGAUGAAUUUAAUUAUAAAAAAGAAAUGUUAACAUGUAAUUCAAAAGAUCAUCAGUUAAUUGCAAAGUUUUAUAAAUUAAAACCUAAUGAAGAACAAAUUCAAUUGGCGAAACAAAUUUGGCAAACCACAGCUGAUGAAUUAAGAACAAGAGAGCAAUUAGAAAUUCUUCGACAACGAAUUUCAUUAAAACGAUUACCACCAAAAACCGAUGAAAUAAUCAAUCAAUUACUAGAUGAUAAUCAUAAAACACUUUCAAAUCCUGCUCUUAAUGAAAAUCAACGUGCUAGUUUCGCAUCACGUUGUUCAAAAACAAUCGUACAAUGUAAAUUCAAUUUAAUGAUAGUACAGAUUGAUGAAUUCGAAACAAUGAUACGUCAGAAUCAUGCAACAUUAAUUAACUUACAAGAUAAAUUAUUGAAAUUAAAUCGAGAACAACCACAACUAUACACAAGUUUAUUAAUAGAUACAAUAGAACAACGUCGACAAACAAUGAUCAAUCGAUUUAUUCGAAUGCGACAACAACAAUUGAAGACUUUUUUCGACGAAGCUCCGACGGUAGACAACAGCAAUUAA